AUUAAUCGAAUUCUGAUCGCCAUCCCUAUUUCUAACCAAUUUGUUUGGUUUGUUUGCGUACUUUGCAUUGGUUAUAUUUGUACUAUUUUACUCAAAGUUUGCAGUUUCUUUCACACCAAUAAUAGUAUAUAUAAUAAACAUAAAAACUCUUUGAUGUUAAUUCUUAACGUUUAUACCUCAAAAACAGAUUUUGACCUGAACAUUUGAACUCUCUGGCACCAAAAUGCCGUAUGCCAAUCAACCUUCUGUGCAUAUUACCGAGUUAACUGACGACAAUGUGAAAUUUGUAGUUGAAGAUACAGAGCUAAGCGUCGCUAAUAGCAUGCGUCGCGUUUUUAUCGCAGAGACACCAACGAUGGCUAUCGACUGGGUGCAACUAGAGGCCAAUUCCACUGUGCUCAGUGAUGAGUUCUUAGCGCAUCGAAUAGGGCUCAUACCGCUAAUAUCGGACGAUGUAGUUGAUAAAAUCCGGUAUUCAAGGGAUUGUAUGUGUGCAGACUUUUGUUCUGACUGCAGUGUUGAGUUUACGCUGGAUGUGAAAUGUACUGGUGAACAAACCAGGCAUGUGACAACAGCAGAUCUUAAAUCUAGCGACCCAAGAGUUGUUCCAGUUACUUCAAGGCACAGAGAUGAAGAUCAGGCUGAUUAUGGCGAGGCCGAUGAAAUUCUUAUUAUAAAAUUACGCAAAGGACAAGAGUUAAAGUUACGAGCAUAUGCUAAGAAAGGAUUUGGCAAAGAGCAUGCAAAGUGGAAUCCAACUGCUGGUGUUUCAUUUGAAUAUGACCCUGAUAAUUCCAUGAGACAUACAUUGUAUCCUAAGCCUGAUGAGUGGCCAAAAAGUGAGCACACAGAACUGGAUGAGGACCAGUAUGAAGCUACAUUCAACUGGGAGGCUAAACCUAAUAAGUUCUUCUACAAUGUGGAGUCUGCUGGAGCUUUGAAGCCAGAGAAUAUAGUUCUAAUGGGUAUAGUGGUACUGAAGAAUAAGCUUCUGAAUCUGCAGGUGCAGCUGGCACAAGAAGCACAGAAUGAUGCACUUGCUAUCAAUUAAAUAAUUUGUAUCAUGAUAUAAAAAUAAAAUCAAUUAAUUGAU